UGUUGUCUAAUGGAAACGUAAGGAGCAACAAUAGAGCGAGCGCUCGCGGGCGGCUCGGCGAAGAUUUCUAUCUCUUGGCAACUCUCGCCCUCUUUAGUGUCACACAUGCAAAGUUGCGGCUAAGGAAGGGGGGGACCGCGCUGGGCUCUGCCGUCUGCAGAAGGGAGCUCUGGCCGACGGGCAGGCGGGCUUUUCUUCCAGAGGGAGGGAGAGGCGGAGAGAGGGGACGCGGGGAGGCGGAGAGGCGCUGCUGGGCGCGGGUCGGGAAGUUGGAAGUUGCUGCGCUCGGGAGCGCGAAGGAUCCCCGGUCGGUUGUCUCUCCCUGGCGCUGCCGGUCGGGGCUGUGGGGCUGCGGCGAGGGAGCCGCCGAGCUCUCCUUGGACAGGGCGCUGGUUUUGUUAUGUCUCCAGGGGCUUGUGUACGCUUCAGCCGGGACCGUGUUUUGUAACAUUGGCAAGCGCUUGGGCGCAGCUGUCUCCUUUCGCACCAAGGCGCCGCCGCCGCCGCCGCCGCUUGUUAGAGGGGCGCUCGCUGUUGCCAUUGUCCUGGCGGAGUCUCAAUCGCAACUUUCCGCAGGAGAAGAAACCCGCAAGAACUAGGGGAACAGGGUCCGGCUGCGCUUUGCAGAGAGGCCGAGGAGAGAUGGAUUGGUUGUCAUUUCGGUGGCUCAGGAUGGAGCUGAGGUCUGAGAUGCCCAGCGUGCCCUCGGCGCCCGCUCCGGUGCCGCCCAGCUCGGUGGCGGCGGCCGCGGCCGCAGCGGCGGCCAGCCUGCCGGUGAGCGUGGCCGGGAGCCUCCUCCGGGCGCCGCCGCUGCUCCUGCGCGCGGCCGAGAAGUACCCCCGCACGCCCAAGUGCGCCCGCUGCCGCAACCACGGCGUGGUCUCGGCGCUCAAGGGCCACAAGCGCUACUGCCGCUGGAAGGACUGCCUGUGCGCCAAGUGCACGCUCAUCGCCGAGCGCCAGCGCGUCAUGGCCGCCCAGGUGGCGCUGCGCCGGCAGCAGGCGCAGGAGGAGAACGAGGCCCGCGAGCUGCAGCUGCUCUACGGCACCGCCGAGGGGCUGGCCCUGGCCGCCGCCAACGGCAUCAUCCCGCCGCGGCCCGCCUACGAGGUCUUCGGCUCGGUGUGCAGCGCAGACGGAGGCACGGGGGGCUCAGACCCAUCUAUGACGAGGGGUUACGGUCUCUAUUGUGGACCCAUUUUAUGGCUUGAUGCCUCUGUUUAUGCAGAAGCAAACAGGGGUCAGUUGGACUUAUUUCCAGAGGUCAAGCUGCAGAAGUUCGACUUGUUCCCCAAGACGCUGCUGACCACCCGGGCCGCCACCCCGCAGCAGGCCAAGCCCCUGUCUCCGGACGGCACGGACGGCGCACCGGGCACCUCGUCCCCGGAGGCGGCCCGCCACGGCUGCGGCUCGGGCUCGGAGAACGGCGACGGCGAGUCCUCGCUCAGCUCGCCCGUCUCGAAGGGCGCCAAGGACGGCUGCGCGGCCGAGGAGGAGAGCCCCGGCUCCAUCAGCCCGCUGGGCUCCGACUCGGGCUGCUCUGAGGCGGAGCGCGAAGAAGCGGGCGCCCCUUCGCCCGGGCUGGCGGCGGCCGUAGCGGCGGCCGGAGGCAGCCGGCAGCAGCGGACGCCCUUGGACAUCCUGACGCGCGUCUUUCCCGCCCACAAGCGCAGCGUGCUGGAGCUGGUCCUGGCCGGCUGCGGCGGGGACGUGGUGCAGGCCAUCGAGCAGAUCCUCAACAACCACCACCAUCACCACCGCGGGGCGGGCAGCCCCGGCCAAGGCCUCGCCGUCGCGGCGGCCGCCGCCGCCUCAGGACUGAGCUCCGCGGGGCCCGAAAAGGCGAGCGACGAGAGCUGGGCUCGGGCCGCCGGGGACACGACGACAGGGCCUCUGGGCGGCCUGCAGCCUUCGCCCGCCGGCGCCGCCGCUCACCACCGCCCCCUGCUGGCCGGCGCCAUGACGCCCGCCAUCGGCGCGCUGGGCAGCCGCUCGGCCUUCUCGCCCCUGCAGCCCAACGCCACCCACUUCGGCGCGGCGGCGGCGGCCGAGGCCAGCGCCUACCCUCUGGGCACGCACCUGGGGCUGAGCCCGCUGCGCCUGGCCUACUCGGCGGCGGCGGCCCACAGCCGGGGCCUGGCCUUCAUGACGCCUUACUCCACAGCUGGGCUCAUGCCCACGCUGGGCUUCCGGCCGCCCAUGGAGUACGCCUUCAGCGACCUCAUGAGGGACAGAUCCGCGGCCGCCGCCGCUGCAGCCGCCGCUGCCGCCGCCGCCAGUGCGCACAAGGAGCAGGCCUACCCCAACGGGCUCUACGGGCCCUUAGUCAACAGCGCUCCAGAGAAGCAGUAGGCCAGGCCCAGGACAAGGCCGCGCACCCCACACGAACCCCGGGCCUGCUUAUUAUACACGUGUAUAUAUAUACAUGCUUCGAAGAAAGAUAGACUGUGCCGACACCAACGGAAGGGAGGAGGAGAUCCAUGCCUUCAGCCCACGGGCUGAGUGACAUAGGCCUGACCAAGAGUUUUAUAUCCCGCAGGGAUCGCAGCAGUUCUUAAAAUAUAAUUUACACUCGGAUGUUAAACGCAUUGCUCUGAAAGUAGUUCUCUGGGAAGUAAAUCAGCGGAGUUACUUACAGGUUUAAGCUUGGAGGCGAGGCUGCCAUAGGAAUCCUGGCACGUCCCGUUUCGUCUGCGUAGGAGCCAGUAUAAAGAAGGCAGUUUGGGGUGGGAGGUUUAGGAAGCGAUUUAGAGCAGGUGGGGUUGUUUUCAAAAGAUUGGCGGCUGCAGACGCCAGUAAAAUGCAUUCGGACACCAGUUGCUCGGAAUUAUUUCCAUUGCCUUCUUCCCCAAGCCCUGAGUUCCGAGUGGUUUCUGGGUUGUCAGGAUUUCGUUUCACCCUGUUCGUUGCAACGAAAACUGGUCAAAUAUGUGGGAGAUACUUCUAGGUGUACUGAAGUUUUUUGUCCCGUCCCCCCCGGCGUAUUUCCAUUGUUAUAAAGUUGUCAGCCAUUUUUAUCUUUUUGCUUAUGCCCAUAAAUAAGCAUGGAUAUUCCUCUUGGUGCGUUGUGAGAUUGAUAUAUAUAUGUAUAUACAUACCGAGAUAUAUACACAUAUAUACCAGCAAGUGUAUAGUAUAAUGUUAUCAAAUGGAAAUCUUAAGUUAUUAAUGUAACUUGUAGGUGAUUUUAGUAUUAACGGUAAAUUAAAAAGUUAGUUUUCAGUUUAAAACACACCAAGCAUAGAGAUUAAAUAUAUUGUAAAUAAUUUUAACGCUUCUUUUUAUUCACUCACUGAGAGGGGAAAGAUACGAUUUGUAAAUAAAUAAAGUUGAAAAGUAGAUAUAUUUGCAAUUGUUCUUUGGACUCAAUCCAAAGCCUGUGCUUGACACCGUUUUAAUGCGUGACCCGCAAGAAAAAAGAUAUUGGUUCCAGUGUAGCAAACUUCUUGCUGUUUCAAAAAGUUUUUGUCUUUUUCGCUGUUUUCAUUUCAUAUAAAUCCUAGAAAUAAAUGUUAUUUUGUAUUAAAAGUAGCCUUCUCAAUA